GCAAGCUCACACUUUAACAGUCCUGUUUAUCCUUACCUGCACCCUGGGCUAUGUGACCUUGCUUGAAGAAACGCCACAGGACACAACCUAUAACACAAAGAGAGGUAUUGUAGCCAGCAUUUUAGUUUUUUUGUGUUUUGGAGUCACUCAAGCAAAAGAUGGUCCAUUUUCAAGACCCCAUCCAGCUUACUGGAGGUUUUGGCUAUGCGUCAGUGUUGUCUAUGAGCUUUUCCUCAUUUUCAUACUUUUUCAGACUGUACAUGAUGGAAGACAGUUUAUGAAAUUUAUUGAUCCUAAUUUAGGAGUCCCUUUGCCUGAAAGAGACUAUGGUGGAAAUUGCCUUAUAUAUGACCCAAAUAAUAUAACAGAUGCCUUUCACAACAUUUGGGAUAAACUAGAUGGAUUUGUUCCUGCUCAUUUCCUUGGUUGGUACUUAAAGACGCUAAUGAUUCGGGAUUGGUGGAUGUGCAUGAUUAUCAGUGUAACGUUUGAGUUUCUGGAGUACAGUCUAGAACAUCAGCUUCCAAAUUUCAGUGAAUGCUGGUGGGAUCAUUGGAUUAUGGAUGUAAUCUUAUGCAAUGGACUUGGCAUUUACUGCGGAAUGAAGACUUUGGGGUGGCUUUCUUUGAAAACAUAUAAAUGGCAAGGACUUUGGAAUAUUCCCACAUAUAAAGGUAAAAUGAAGAGAAUUGCCUUUCAAUUCACACCAUACAGUUGGGUUAAAUUUGAGUGGAAGCCAGCAUCCAGCCUUCGCAGAUGGCUAGCAGUGUGUGGCAUUAUUUUUAUUUUUUUAUUGGCAGAGUUGAACACAUUUUACUUGAAAUUUGUCCUGUGGAUGCCUCCAGAACACUACUUGGUCCUGCUGCGACUUGUCUUUUAUGUGAAUGUGGGAGGAGUAGCUAUGAGAGAGAUCUAUGAUUUCAUGGACGAUCCGUAA